AUGAUCAAAGAAUUAUGGAAUGGAUUCAAUCUGAAGGCUUUCCUAGCGGAGCUGAUUGGAACCCUAGUGUUUGUUUUUCUUGGCUUAGGGUCAACUCUGGAAUGGCCUUCAAGCCUUCCAACCGUCCUGCAGAUAGCAUUCACUUUUGGCUUGGGAAUAGGUACUCUUGUCCAGACAAUGGGACACAUAAGUGGGGCUCACCUCAACCCAGCGGUGACAAUAGCCAUGGUUUUAGGGGCUCACAUUUCCUUCGCACAAGCCCUGUUUUAUAUCAUUGCCCAGCUGAUAGGAGGUGUGGUGGGGGCAGGUUUGCUGUAUGAAUUUUCUCCAGCUGAAAUCAGAGGAGGUUUUGGCAUCAAUCAGCCAAGUAAUGGAACAAGCUCUGGACAAGCUCUUGCCAUUGAGAUCUUCCUUACAUUACAACUGGUUCUCUGCAUCUUUGCCUCGACGGACAGCCGCAGAACUGACAAUGUGGGUUCUCCAGCCAUAUCCAUUGGACUUUCAGUUGUACUGGGACAUCUACUUGGGAUCUAUUAUACUGGCUGCUCAAUGAACCCUGCAAGAUCCUUUGCUCCUGCACUGAUUACAGGAAACUUUCAUGAUCACUGGAUAUUCUGGGUUGGCCCAAUUUCAGGUGCAGUCCUAGCAUGUCUGCUUUAUAAUUAUGUUUUUGUACCUUACGAUCUCAGCCUUAGCGAGAGACUGGAUAUCCUGCAGGGGGAAAUUGCUGAAGAAAAUGAAAGGGAAGAGAAACGAAAGCAAUCAGUGGAGCUUAAUUCUCUCUACAGUCACCCAAAUAACAAAGAAAAAAAUUAA